CCAGCUGAUGUCUGUUCAUUCAUUCCUCCAGCUGGAGUUUCAGCCAAUAUUUGCGAUUGGAAAAAUGUCAAGACGCAGUUGUCGUAACACACUCCAAGAAAGGGAUGAAAACGCUGCAGACCAGGGCAUCAAAUGUCCAAGGAAAAGAAAAGCUGAGCCAUGCAAGAGGAAAAUGCCAGGAACAGCCAAGAAACAGAGUUAUGAGAUUCAGAAUCGAUGGGUAGAAGGUGACCUUAGCCCCUGCGUCCUUGUUGAGACUCCUCACAAGGAGCUAGAUGAGACAAGUAACUUAUCUGGUUUUAAACACUUCAGAUUCAAGAAUCUGUUCAUCAAGCCUUCUCCUCUGCCUUGUCUCAGUUGGGCCAGUUCAGAUGAUGUGUGGAUAAAGAUGCUAAACAAGGAACUGAAGUAUGUACAUGACAAAGGCUUCAUACAGCAACACCCCAACCUGCAACCCAAGAUGAGGGCUAUUCUCCUUGACUGGCUUUUAGAGGUGAGUGAAGUGUAUACACUUCAUCGUGAGACCUUUUAUCUGGCUCAGGACUUUUUCGAUCGCUUCAUGCUCACUCAGGAAGACAUUGGCAAGAAUAAGCUGCAGCUCAUUGGCAUUACCUCACUGUUCAUCGCAUCCAAAAUGGAGGAAAUCUACCCACCAAAGCUUCAAGAGUUUGCGUAUGUCACAGACGGUGCUUGUGAUGAGGAUGAAAUCCUUGAAAUGGAACUUGUUAUGCUGAAGGCACUAAACUGGCAGCUUUGUCCAGAAACAGUCAUCUCUUGGUUGAAACUUUAUGCUCAAGUGGAUUCUUUGAAAGAAAGCCCAAAUUUCCUUGUCCCUCAGUUUUCUCAGGAAACCUACAUACAGAUUACCCAGUUGCUGGAUCUUUGUAUACUGGACAUUAACUCUUUAGAUUACCAGUAUGGGGUUCUGGCUGCUGCUGCAUUUUGUCACUUUACCUCCUUUGAAACUGUGCAGAGAGUAUCAGGGCUGACAUGGGACAGUAUAUCCAGUUGUGUCCGCUGGAUGACCCCCUUCAUGAGGACAGUGAGUGAGUGUGGAAGGCCCAGGUUGAAGGACUUCAAGAAGGUGGCAGCAGAGGACAGACACAACAUUCAGACACAUGUAGACUAUCUGGCGAUGUUGAACAACGCUCAUCAGCGACAGCAGGAGAACUUGGACCGGUUAUCUCCAGUGCCUGUUGGAGGCCUGCUGACUCCACCCAAAAGCACAGAGAAGCCCGCUAACGUCUGAGAGGCUUAGAAGGAUAACCAUCUGCUGGCCCAUCCUCAUCUCUGAUCUGCAUGAUCUGGCAGUCACAGCCUAUCAGCGCCUUUCUGACAACACUACAGGUUUAAGAAGUUAAGAGGUCCCCAUUCGGCCUCAUUCCCCAAGGAGACGUGAACUUAUGUGCAGAACUUUCAGCAGAAGCCUUAAACUGGGCUUAAUAAGCAUUGCUUAAGUGUGUACAUCAGUGUUGGGAAGAGCAACACAGGCCCAGCUGUGGUGCUAUACGAUUCAGAAAACAGUGGUCAGGUGAAGUGAGUGCGUUUGAUCUCACAAAAUAGCAGUCCAGUGUGCCUUUCAUUAAGGACUUAAGGCAAUGUUUACAGGUAUUUUAGUCCUACAUAGACAUUUUUAGGGCUUCUCUUUGUCAAACAUCUACCAUGAGCAAGUGGCAGCAUUUACGAUUGCUGCUCCUUUAUGGUUAGAGACAGUGUGUGUGAGAUUUAUUAUUUUUUAAUAAUUUAAAUAUAAACGUGUACAUAAGUACGUUUGCUAUAGCUGCUCUAUUCAAUGGUGCUGUUAAGCUCUGGUUAUUGUGAAGCAGAAAUCCUGCAGCGUGCGAGUGGUCAGUUACUGAAGGCUACUUGCUGUGCUUGAAGCUGGUGCAGAGGAGUCGUGCUGCAUUUAUUUCAUAGGAACACAUUCCUUAAAGACUUGUAUUUUCCACUCUGAAAUGAGCUUAACAAAUUUAAAAUUGCAGAAUUUUGGAUGUUACCAUUUUGUUUUUCUGUUUUUAAAUGUAAUUUUCAUAUUGCUAUGAAUUCCAUUUCAUUUUUAUUGCCAAAGGCAAAUAUUUAAUUGAAUGCUUGCUUAUUUAUGAAUUUGUAUCUAAAAUAACUGUAAGACGCAGUAUUGUACUGAGCCUUACACAUGUAGCACAGCUUGAUACAUGUUUUUUUACUCCCAGAGAGCUAGGAGCCAAAUCCAGAGCCUGUAAACUAGAAGACGGUGUAAAAUUAACCCUAUAAAGCUGUACAGGAGAGGAUACGUGUGUACAUAUGGU